AUGGCCGCGAGGGAGGAGCUGUACGGCCAGGUGGCCCCGCGCCGGAGCCGCCAGCCGCGGCCGGGCACCGUGAGGCGCGGAUCGGCGCUGGACCUGCUCCUGUCCAUGGGCUUCCCGCGGGCGCGCGCACAGAAAGCUUUGGCGUCCACCGGAGGAAGAAGUGUGCAAGCUGCAUGUGACUGGCUGUUCUCGCACGUGGGCGACCCCUUCCUGGACGACCCGCUGCCCCGGGAGUAUGUGCUGUACCUGCGCCCCACGGGCCCCUUGGCCCAGAAGCUCUCCGACUUCUGGCAGCAGUCGAAGCAGAUCUGCGGCAAGAACAAGGCGCACAACAUCUUCCCCCACAUCACCCUCUGCCAGUUCUUCAUGUGCGAGGACAGCAAGGUGGACGCCCUGGGGGAGGCCCUGCAGGCCACCGUCAGCCGCUGGAAGGGCAAGUUCUCGGUGCCACUGCCCCUGGAGCUCUACACCUCCUCCAACUUCAUCGGGCUCUUCGUGGAGGAGGCCAGUGCCGACGUCCUCAAGAAGUUCGCCGCCGACUUUGCCGCGGAGGCUGCGUCCAAAACCGAAGUGCACGUGGAACCUCAUAAGAAGCAGCUGCACGUGACCCUGGCUUACCACUUCCAAGCUAGCCACCUGCCCACGCUGGAGAAGCUAGCCCAGAGCAUCGAUGUCAAACUAGGGUGCGACUGGCUGGCAGCCAUAUUCUCCCGGGAUAUCCGAUUUGCUAACCACGAGACCUUGCAGGUGAUCUACCCCUACACCCCCCAGAAUGACGACGAGCUGGAGCUGGUCCCGGGGGACUUCAUCUUCAUGUCGCCUGUGGAGCAGGCCAGCACCAGCGAGGGCUGGGUCUACGGCACCUCCCUGACCACCGGCGGCGCGGGGCUCCUGCCCGAGAACUACAUCACCAAGGCCGACGAGUGCAGCACCUGGGUGUUCCACAGUUCUUACUCCAUCUUAAACGCAUCGUCUUCCAACGCGCUCCCAUUUGGUGAUGGCAUACUGGACAGGCGGUCGUAUGAGGACCAGGGCCUGGGGGAGAUGGCACCCCUCACCAUCGUCUGUCAGCCCUCGCAGCCUCUGAAGGCCAGCAGCCAGCCUGGCUCCCAAAAGAGGUGCCUCUUCGUGUGUCGGCAUGGCGAGAGGAUGGACGUCGUCUUUGGGAAGUACUGGCUAUCCCAGUGCUUCGAUGCCAAAGGCCGCUAUAUUCGCACCAACCUGAACAUGCCUCACAGCUUACCUCAGCGGAGCGGUGGCUUCCGGGACUACGAGAAAGACGCUCCAAUCACUGUGUUUGGGUGCAUGCAAGCAAGACUGGUGGGUGAAGCCUUAUUAGAAAGUAACACCAUUAUUGACCAUGUCUAUUGUUCCCCAUCCCUGCGCUGUGUUCAGACUGCACACAAUAUCUUGAAAGGUUUACAACAAGAAAAUCACUUGAAGAUCCGUGUAGAGCCUGGCUUAUUUGAGUGGACGAAAUGGGUCGCUGGGAACACAUUACCUGCGUGGAUGCCUCCGUCAGAGCUAGCUGCAGCCAACCUGAGUGUUGAUACAACCUACAGACCUCACAUUCCAGUCAGCAAAUUAGUGGUUUCAGAAUCCUAUGACACUUACAUCAGCAGAAGUUUCCAAGUAACAAAAGAAAUAAUAAGUGAAUGUAAAAGUAAAGGAAAUAACAUCUUGAUUGUGGCCCAUGCAUCUUCUCUGGAAGCAUGUACCUGCCAGCUUCAGGGCCUGUCUCCUCAGAACUCCAAGGACUUCGUACAAAUGGUCCGAAAGAUUCCGUACUUGGGGUUUUGCUCCUGUGAAGAACUGGGAGAAACUGGAAUCUGGCAGCUGAGGGAUCCACCCAUCCUUCCUCUCACCCAUGGACCCACUGGGGGCUUCAACUGGAGAGAGACCUUGCUACAAGAAUGA